AUAAACCCAUUGAUGUCCCUAACUGCAGAACAAAAUUAUAACACUAUCUGGUUUUUAAAAAAUAAUACGAAUGUUCAAAGGCUGAUGACCAUUAUCGAUUGAAAUGAAAUUUGAUUUUUCCUCCUAAAAGGUACCUGAGCCUCAAUUUAUUUUAAAGACAGGCAUUGAAGUAAAAAAUCAAUGAUUAUAGGUACCUUGAUGAUGCAAUUUCGUCAUGAACAAGGUAGGAAAAUGUUUUUUCCGCCAUGUUCUUUAUCUUUACAUUCUUCUUAAAUAUACCUACCUUACUAUGUAUUUUAAUGAAAGGAAAUGCAUUUCCGUUGAAUAGAAUAAAAUUGCUUUCACAUCAUCAAUGCAAAUUACAUGCAGUAUUCCUUUAAAUAGAUCUCAACGUGUAGAAAUUCUAGCUGUUACCUUCUUGCCUGCUGAUCUGAUCGACAUUCAGAACGUACCUAUUUAUAUUUAGGUAAUUAAAAUGGUUCUUUUCAGUUUUCUUUUCACUACAUCGUGUAGUAAAAACUCAAUUUUUUUUACCGAUUCUAUUUUGCAUUUUAUUCAUUUAAAAAUUAAUUUCGAAUUUAGAUACCAUUCCAGCGUAAAAUUCCUUUAAGUUUAAAGGUGUUUUUCUGCUCGAUCAGCUGAUUCGCAAAACCAAACAGGUAACCUUGCACUUGACCCGAAAAGACAAAAUCAAAACAAACGAUUUGAUUGGCUGAUUCAGCAAAACUCAACCAAUCACAAUCCUCCAUCGCUGUACAAUUUAAUUUUUGUAGAUAGCGCUACGUAAUUCUGCACCUGUUUCUGUACCGGAAACUCAAUAAAAUUGCCAGUAUCCGCAGUUGUUUUUUUUUCAUGGAGAAAAUUUUUUGAAAAUUUAGCACAUCAUCAAUUUAUUUUAGAUUAGUUUUAUUUAAUUAUUAUUUAUAAUUUUUCGAGUUUAUUAAGUUUAAGAUGUUUCACGUUCAACUACGAAUCUACCGAUGUCAAGAAACCGACCAGCUGUGAUGAAAUUAUUCGCGUAUUGUUCAAAAUAUGUGUCAAUGGAUCUCUACUCGAGUCGUUAAGUAACAAGUGGUGAUCGAAUUAAUGGAUCUAUUUCUAUUGGAAUUUUGAUCGAAGUUGAGGUGAAGAAGUGUUCAGAAUGGAGCACGCAGAUUUGAUCUCUGAAAUGGCUCAUAUUGAGCAUAUGAGCACUCAAGAACGACUCUUGCUGGCUAGACGGAGACGUAUACAGCAGCUGAAAGUAUGGUCGCAGAGGGAGAAGGAAUGGAUUAGGCAGCAAAGGAAUUCUACUAAAACGCUGGAGAAAAAUCGAAGAAAAAGGAAUAUUACUUUCAGUGAUAACGUUAUGCUUUUGGAAGCUGCAUCGAGAAAUGAUAUCGACGAAGUUCGACGUUUAUUGCUCAAAGGAGUAAGUCCCAGUGCUACCAACGAAGAUGGCCUGACAGCAUUGCACCAGUGUUGCAUCGACGAUAAUGAAGAAAUGAUGAAACUUUUGAUAGAAUUCGGCGCCGAUGUGAAUGCCGAAGAUAGCGAAAAAUGGACCCCCCUACAUGCUGCGGCUACUUGCGGCCAUUUGCACCUUGUCCGGUACCUGAUUAACAGCGGCGCUAAUUUACUAGCUGUGAAUGCGGAUGGCAACAUGCCCUAUGAUAUUUGCGAAGAUGAGGAAGCUUUGGAUUAUAUAGAAAAUGAGAUGGCUCGAAGAGGCGUUACUCAAGAACUCAUCGAUGAGACUCGUGCCAGCACCGAGAUGCGUAUGUUACGAGACCUUCAAGUAUCCGCCAUGCAAGGUCAAGAUUUGGAGGGUGUGGAUGAGCAAAAUGCUACACCGUUGCAUAUCGCUGCUGCGAACGGCUACUUGAGAGUGGUGGAAUUUCUGCUCGAUCAGCAUGUUUCAGUUGAUGCGAAAGAUUUAGACGAUUGGCAACCGGUUCAUGCUGCCGCCUGUUGGGGACAUCUGGAAGUACUGGAGUUAUUGGUACAAAAUGGAGCUGACUUGAAUGCACGUACUAAACACGAUGAAACUCCAGCAGAUAUUUGCGAAGAUCCGGAAUUACGCGAACGAAUCAUGCAAUUGAAAUGCGAACAGGAAAGUAAACGGUUGCAAGAAGCUCAGAAACGUCGUGUCAAAAGAACACAAUCGAAUAACACCCGUGCUCAAUCUGUUCGGCGGACUUCGAUUCGUGAGAAAUCACUUACAUCUAAAAAAGAAGCUAUGGAGGAGGCUAAACUUAGGCUGCAAGCUCACGAUGUCGAUAUAAUCGAUGGUAAAAAUUCCGAGUCGGAGCUGGAUUUUUCUUUAGAAUACGACGUGCAACGUAAUAAAGAUUGCAACAAGAUCGAAAGAACGGUUAACGAGACGUUGACGGUGGCCAGAAGAGAGCCCGAAGGAAAGGAUAACGAUUCGAUCAACACGGUUAAUUCGUUGAACACCGAUCCCAAUAAAAUGGUGCCAUUAGAUCUACCAACCGAAACCAUGUACAGUACCGAAGACAACGGUAAAAUAAACAUACACGUGUCCGUCACCAUAAACGCGAGUACAUUGGCCGAGCUGAAGAAGCAACGAGCUCAGCAUCGGAAUUCUAGUCCGGAUAUAUCCAUGUAUCCUAAUUUUCAUCCAGUAGUUCCUGCUAUAGAAAAUGGAGCCGUAGAUCCCGAUACACCGGCUGUGAAAAGGUUCGCUGGCAAUACAGGCGAUCAAUUGGUCGGAGAUCCUCGUACGACAAGAUGCUGCGUUUUGUUAUGAAAUUAUCGUCUUCAUAAUUCAUUUCUCCUAUAUCGUUCAUCAAUCAGUAUUACUAUUUAAUUUAUUUAAGCGAGUUUCUUCUACGUCUGUCAUCUGUUCUGUUCGGUUCUGUCGAAUCGAUUGUGUUGUGGAGGGGAGGAAGGGUAGCGACGUGCUGUUUUUCAAUUGGAGUUUUAUUUCCGAUAAUAUACCUACUGUGAUUUUUCAUGUUGCAAAAAUUGAAUAGCAUUAUAUGACUGAGUAAUUUUGAUCGUGCGCAAGAAGGAGCUUUAAAUGUUAGGAUAGUUAUAAGUACCACUGAUCGGUCUCAUCCUGAAUAGUCAGGAUUUAAUUAUGGACUGGCCCCGAUUAGAAGGUACUAUUCUUCGAAAAAUUCGUAUUCUGUAUUUUGAAAUACGGAGAUUUUUUUUCAAUGCAAUUGUAACGCGUUCGUUAUUAUUUAUAUUUAAUAUAAAAAAAAUCGAACUUUAGUCUUCCUUCGAAAUAACCCUAUCUUGAUGAAGUAGCAAUGUAUUGAUUUUCGUGUUCGAAUAUUGAAUAUUAUUAUGUAUAAAAAAUCGAACGCUCCUUUUUUCUAUUAUUUUAUCGUUGUGCCAUUUGUUCGUAUGGCUUUUUCCUACAUUUUUAUUGUUUUUCUUUCUUCUUCGUGCAUUUUACAUUUUUUUAACUGUAUUUGUGAUAAGUUUCCAACAUUCCUUUUUAUAAAUAUUAUUCGAUUCACUACCCUCUAUUGUGAUGUUACAGUUCUUCCAGUAUUUUUGUUUAUCGAAGUAUUCGUUUGCAUACUUCUUCUUAAUGCAUUUAGUUAGGCAUUUUAGCAGUGUGGAGAUUUUUUUUUCUUGAACGAUGAUUAUUUAAAUGCCUCGUGUGUUGUUCGGUCUCUGGUAUAGACGAGGAUAAUAUUUUGAAAUAUAUUUUAUUAUGUAAAUGCGAGUGAGUGAAUUUGACUAUUACAUCAUAUUUUUUUUAAUACCAAGUGUUUUACGAAACCGUCCAUUUUCCUGGUUUGUUUUAUUAUUUUUAAUUACGAAUACCUACUCGAAAUUAUAAAUUUCAAGACGAACUAUUAUUGUAGUACGUUAAAUGCAUAUAUUUUAUCAUUUUUAUGUUUUCACAUUUUUUUUAUCUUAUAAAGAUUUUUUUUCAUAUUACCGCACUAAGUAUUUUAUGACGUAAGAUUUCACAUUUUUUGUGUUUGAAUUUGAACUUCGAAGAUUGUUUGUGGUUGUAAUUUAUUAUUUCGACAUUUGACAGUAUUAUUAAAAUUACCUUCGUGUACUUAAUUUUCAAGUAUUUAUUUUUGUUUGGGGUCAAUUUUUAUCUCAAUAAAUGCUUCAUUUUGGUGUUUA